AUGGCUGGAAAUGUGCUGGUGAUACUGUCCUGAUGCAGACUUUCCUUCUGUUUCAUCUACGGGGCUAGAGUCAGACUAGCAAGUGAAGAUGCAGGUGCCAGUUUCUGGAGACAUGAAUGUGGCCUCUCCCUCAUUGAAAACAUCAGUGGUGAACCCUGCAGCCAACCCCCGACGCAUGCGACGGAUCAUUGCUGAGGAUCCUGAGUGGUCCCUGGCCGUUGUUCCACACCUCAGUGAGCUCUGCCUCCAGCACAUCGUCAGCAACUUUGAAAAGAAUCCUGUCGUGGACUAUCUCCUGCCAGAGCACCAAAGGAAGGUGCUGGACAGGAUUUCCACAGGCCUGCCCCUCACAGUGACCGCCAAUCUGAUCAGCGAUGAAGGCUACUGGAAGAGGUGCUGUACUGAGCGCUGGGCAGUGUGUGAUGUCUCCCACUACGGGGGCAGCUGGAAGCGGAUGUUCUUUGAACGCCACCUGGAGAACAUCCUGAAGUACUUCAUCCCUAACACAACUGACCCCAGUCAAGUCCUGGAGGUCAUCCCACUCUGCAAGGAGUAUGUGAGGAAGCUGGAAAUCAAUCAGUUCCUCCCACCAGUGAAGCUGGAUCAGAAUAAAGAGGAGGAUGACUUUUCCGAUUCUGGGAGUGAUGUUGGGGUUGAUGUCUGCAUGCAUCACUAUGACCUAGGAGUGCUCACUGCUGCCCUCUCUCACCUAGAAGAGCUGCAUCUGACGUAUGGUGUGAAAGACUGUGGCAUGAACUUUGAGUGGAGCCUCUUUGACUUCACCUAUCAGGACUGUUGCUCUCUGGCCAAUGCUUUCAAGAAGUGCCACACCUUGAAAGUCUUCAAGCUGUGCCGGAGCAAAGUGGAUGACGAAAGCCGGGUGCUGAUACGUAAUCUGUUAGAUCACCCAUGUUUGGUGGAGCUGGACUUGUCCCACAAUCUUAUCAGUGACCGGGGAGCACGAGCCAUUGGCAAACUGAUCAACCACAAGCUAGAAAUUCUCAACCUGUGUAAUAACCGGAUCAGGGCCCCAGGAGCCCAGGCUAUUGCUCAUGCCCUAGCCAAGAAUUCUACGCUGACCUCUCUGAACCUGCGCAUCAAUUGCAUUGAGGAUGAGGGUGGCCAGGCAAUAGGCCAUGCCCUGCUGACUAAUGCCACCUUGACAUCUAUCCAUCUGGGAGGCAACGAGUUGUCAGAGCCGACAGCUACGCUUUUCUCCCAGGUCCUUGCUCAGAACACAGCUCUGACUAGCAUCAACCUUGCAUGCAACCACAUAGGGCUGGAUGGUGGGAAGCAGCUGCUGGAAGGAAUGUCAGAUAACAAGACCGUGACUGUUGACCUGCGGCUGGCAGAGGUGGGGCAAGAGAGCGAGUACCUCAUUAACCCCCUGAAGGCUAACCAGGAAAUUGCCCGUCUGAAAACCUUGUACCAGUCAAACUCCUUGGAAGAGAAAUCCCCAGAUCUGGAUUAGCCUAUCACAUGCCCUUAUUUACCACUAUAGCCUUUGAAAUGAAAUGUCUCUCCUCAAUUGGGCAGCUGGGGCCAUAUGACAUUAAUUCAUGAUUGUGGGAGAGGUAAGAAAUGUAACAGACAGCCUGGUGUCAAGGACUAGGCCCUACCAGGCAGUUGGAUCCAAAGGAGAUUUCUCACUGGCUCCUUCACACAGUGUGGUCAAGGGUUUCCAUGUGACUUCACUCCUCCAUCACAGCAGUGCUGCUGGAUUGUGGCUGUUGACACCUGUCUGUAAGGAACCAGCGGAUUACCCCAGGUGUGGCUGAUUACACUCACACCGUGAUUUCAAUGUAUUUCCUACUUCUCACAAACUGGCCUGGAAAAUUUCCAUCUCCUGGAUUAGUCUUAAGAUAAAGUUUUUCUUUAUAUAACCUUUUCAAUUAUUUUUUCUUACAAUAAAAUAACUAAAACAGGGAAUUAUACAUAUUCCACUGUAUUGGCUACUAUUCUUACCAAUGAAAUCAAUUGGCAGUCUAUGAUAGGCAUACUACAGUAGCCUGUGGACCACAAGCAGUCUGAGGCGAGUUGUCACAUGGUGCUGGGGCCUUCUUUGUUUCCAGCUGCUAAAUGGCAUUAAAAACUCAAGCCACGUUCACUACUGGUCUAAAUGUUUCCUCUCCAGGUGAGCAAUGGUAGUUGCAGUUUGGAUGUUAUAUGACUGUGAAGGGAGAUACAGAGAUUGUGUGUGGGUAUUAAAAAUGUGGGUUGUGCUAUGAACAGAGUUGAGAAACCAGUGUAUACAGAGCAGUUAAGAAGCAGGAGAGAAGAGUUAAUAGUCAUGGAAUAGUUAAUGCAUUACAUACCAGAUGCCAUCUUCUAGAGGAAGAUUGUACAUAUUGGGCCAAAUUCAUGCCUGCUGUACCUCCACUGACUUGAAUGAGUUUACAGGUAGGAUGAACUUGUCCUCACCCAUAGUUAGAUUCUGGAUUGUCCUGGGUCUGUAGAACAAGUGCUAAUCCUCAAAGUUCUGAGUAAGUGAACCCUGUUGCUUAUAACUUGUUUUGGUGUCCUUAUAAAUAGGUAAAGCUCAUUUACUAAUACCUAAUUAGUUCAGGUGUCAUCACAUAUGAGUUUUGCAUUAGACAGUCAUGAAUUUAGGGCAAGCUUUUUCUCUCUCGCUCCAAACAUUUUGAUUGCAUCAAUUUAGCAUUAAGUGAGGUGCUUAUCUUUGCUGAUCCCCAGUGAAAAUGGAGUUGGGGAGAGUUUGCGGCACUUGCCAUGAUUAGAAAUCAGCUUUGACCUGGAACCUAAAAAUUGUAUAUAAUGGGGCAUUCUACAAACAAUGUAAACUGGGCUGCCUUAAUGAAACAGCGGAGCAUCUUCCAAGCAAAGUGGCCUGUUCCAGAUCUGACCUUCAGGCCGUGCUGCUAUUUCAGGCUUUUCGGUUAAACAGGAUAUGUAGAGGUUGGGGAGGGGAGAAUGUUGUUUGUUGCAGGUCCGAAGCUUUUCUCUGCUUAUUGACCCAGCUGAGGCUUUGAAUGUAUUUUUACAAACGCUGUCUAGAAUGCUAGACAGACGUGAUGACGCUAACGAGCUAUGUUCCAUAAACAAUAGAUCUCCCCCUCUUAGGAAGGGUUAUGUGCUGUUCUGCCUUUGCUCCUCAGUGGCAUUGCUGUGGGAACUGGUGAGGCUCAUUUUGAAUAGGACACUUGUCUUAGGGAUGGUGGUUGUUUUUAACCAAACUUUUUUUAAUCUAGGGGUAGGAGAGCUGUAACAUCCCAGCCAGAACCCAUGCAGCUCUGUGCACCCUGCUCAGAGGAAAGCCAAGCUGUUUUGCUGAAAACAAAGCUGCUUCCCCUGCAUUCAGAGGGAGGGCUCCCCACCUAUCACAACUGGAAGGAAGGGAAGCGAAGGAGUAGUGGCAUAAGAGUAAGAGGCAGCCAGGGCUCUGUCUCCUCACUCACACACUUCUUCCCUGGAGGGGAAAAUACUUGUUGGGCCCAGUCUAUUGGCCACCUGAGGAGGGUGAUGGGAAAGGGGCCACUUGAUUGACUCCCCUCCUUUGGUCCAUCCCUCCUGCAAGAACACUGAGCCAUGACAGGUCUCACAGGAUAAUGUCCUUUUGCCUCUGUGUACAGAGGGGUCUGGCCUCAGCCUACUUGUCCUAUGUUCACUACCAGUGAAUAACAUUACAGAGUCUCUGACAUGAACAAACCCACAGCUGAGGCCGGAGUCAGUGAAUCAUCUGGAACUUUUAUUACACCGAUUUGGUUUACAAUCUUUGUACUCUGAUAUUUCCAACAGAAAAGGCAACAUUGUGAUAUACUGUUUAUACAGAGAGAGACAGAUAGACAGAGCUAGAUCAUAUUGACAUAUUUAAAAGUAAAAACUGUUCCCAGUGCUCACUAAAGAGUUUGUUGGACAGAUCCCCGCCGGUGCCUCGCUCCACCCAGCGGAUACAAACGCUCGUGGCUCUGCUGCCUGCGGACCCCAGGCCAAUGGGACCCUUAGCUGCUUGAUGCUCUGGCCUUAUAGAUCAGAAAGGAUACGGUGUGAGGUUAUCACUAGCAGCAAUGGCCACCUUAGAGGUGUGUCAACAGCACUACCCUAAAGCCCUUGCAAAUCAACAUACACUAUUUACUCCCUUCCAAGCUACACAUCAACGCUGUGGUGUUCUGCAGGGGCUAUCCCCAACAAAAGAAAAGCCAGCCACAGCAGCUAUAAAAGAUUUUGUCAAGACCUCUCCAGAACAUCAGCUACUCAUUACCCACCACUAAGCAUUUUUUGUUGAGAUGGGUGUUUUUAAGUUUACAAAUAUUUUCUUAAAGAAGUGGGGAGGGAUAGCUCAGUGGUUUGAACAUUAGCCUGCUAAACCCAGUAGUUGUGAGCUCAAUCCUUGAGGGGGCCAUUUAGGGAUCUGGGGCAAAAAUUUGGGAUUGGUCCUGCUUUGAGCAGGGGUUGGACUAGAUGAUCUCCUGAGGUCCCUUCCAACUCUGAUAUUCUAUGACACAGCUGAAGUAGAUGAGAUUUUGUUUAGUAACCUUGCAAAAGCCCAGGGACCAUGUUCAGCCACACGGGGCAGGUGCCACUCCCAAUGAUGUGGAUGGACCAGUUACGAAAGGGUUAGAUUUGUCCCAAGACCAACUCUUUAUAUUACAAGUGCAGCCCACUUCGUGGAGAGCAGGGUGAUGCAUUGAAAACAAGUUCAGUGUGGGAAGCGGUUGUGUUCCCAAAAUGUACCGUAAACCACACUCCACCAAAUACACAAAGAAUAGUAGGUUUGUUUGGCAGCAUCGGCCCUGAGAGGUGGUUAGAACUGGGCAAGCAUAGUUUU